UAGCAGGAUAACCUUAUUUAUAUCAGGACGGUUCAAACAAUACUGAUCAGUUUCAACCUGGACACCAUGAAGACAGCAAUCAUUGUUUUGGCUCUUUUGACUGUCUCUGUUCAAGGGAAAUGGCCUCAUUUGAGGACAACUUGGGCUCCAGUUCCGGGAUUGGGAGGAUUUAACCCUGAACCGCGUACCCAAGUGGAAUUAAACGCUGAGGGAUGGGUGAAAUUGUCAUCUUGCUCUGAUGGCGACCCCAAUUUCCCUGGCGAUCGUUACGCUCGAUCAAGGGCCGACAACGAUAUCGUGCUCGUGUUUGAUGGAAACGGUUUCAUCGCAGGCAUUCAAACGAUAGUGCCCAUGGACAAGGCUAUGAAUGAUGAAUAUCACCAAUACAGUACGGACAAAUUUUAUCAAAUCGGAGAUUUCUUUGGAGCAAAAGCCUACUUUGCCACAACCUAUUUCGUGGACCCGAGCAUCAUCUGCAACGGAGGUCGGACUCAAAGCGAGUUUGAGGAUCAAGGCACGGGAAAUCUCGUUGCCAUGCAAACUGGACCAACCAUUGCCGAUCUCCAUUAUCCUCCUUUGGUGGAGGAGGAUGCCAUGACAUCGGACAUGUGGUACGAGCACAAAUGUUUCUUUAACAUGGGAGUUCAUUACUUCACAUUCGACUACAACCCGGACCAACCCUGCACAGAGGUCGUUCCCUACCAAUUGGUCUACAUUGAUGGAAAACUCAAUGGGAUCGUGUUCCAACACAUUGCCAAACUGGACUCUCCUCGAUUUGAAUCGGUCAACGCCCUGGCUAUUAAUGGUAUUGUGGAUACUCCACCCACUUGUCUUUUGGACCUAACUGAAACUCCAGGAGUUAGCACUAUGCACGUGUACGUUGGGGAUUAUAUUAUUGUUUGCUAAGACGUCAUUCAAAGUGAAUUAUAUGGCAAUACAACCUGUCCCAACCAUGUAA